AUGAAGUGGAUCGUAUCUACGGUGUUAACACUUGCCGCCGUACGGCAUGUGACAGCGACAAACUCGACAUUAUGCACCCCGCGGUUAAUAAGCUACUGGAUCAACGCUAACGCAUCCGUUGGCAUUGUCACACCGGUUGAACAGGCCGGCAGCUUCGUCGAGGAAGGCAACGCUGCCUUUCCUGCUGAGGUGACCAACUUACCCAGUCUUUGCGCCGUGAGCUUCACCGUCAAGGAUGGAAAUGGCAAUUCGACGUACAGGUUCGGUCUGUUCCUGCCCGACGAAUGGAACCAUAAUAUUCUAGCCGUCGGAAAUGAUGGCUUCUCCGGGGGUAUCAACUGGCCAACCAUGGGAGCCGGAGCCAAGUACGGCUACGUGACAUUGUCAACGGAUGGUGGGCACAAUUCAACAGCGAACGACCUCACCUGGGCCCUGAACAACAAGGAAGGACAACUGGAUUUCGGACACCGGGCGCUUCACAAUUCACACCGAUUGGCGCAAAGGGUAGUUGAACGAUACUAUGGCGUCGCUUUCGAGAAGUCAUACUUUACCGGCACUUCGCAAGGCGGUCGUCAGGGGUUGAAAGCGGCGCAACUGUAUCCUUCAGACUAUUCCGCGAUCCUCAUCGGCGCCCCAGCCUGGUGGCAAAGUCAUCUGCAGAGCUGGAGAUUGUCCCGCGGGGCGUUGAACCAGCCUGCGAAUGACACAAAGCACAUCUCUGCUGAAAAGCUGACCGUCCUUGGCGACAAUGUGAGGAAACAAUGCGACUCAUCCGAUGGAGUAGAAGAUAGCAUUGUUAGCAACCCCUUCAGCUGCAACGUCGACUUCUCCCUUUUCACUUGCGGCAGUUCGGGUGUCGAUGAGUCUGCGUGUUUGAAUUCACAACAAGUCGAAGUUGCGAAGAAACUCUAUGGAACUUACGAGGUAGACGGCGUGAAAGCCUUCCCUGGCUUGAGCCCUUCUUCGGAGUAUGAGUGGGGUUCUGUGCUUGGGAACGACACCGAGCUCAACGAGGAGGCUGAAGGCUACUUCCAAAACUUCGUUUACAACAACCCUGAGUGGAGUUGGGCAUGCUACAACGAUUCGGUCCUUGCGUACGCAAGCGAAACCAACGCCGGUGACCUUGAUGUCAAUGACUUCAACUUGACGGAGUUUCAGAGCCUUGGCGGCAAGAUCAUCAUGUACCACGGCAUGGCCGAUGCUUCUGUUCCCGUUAACUCCUCAAUCGACUUUUAUGAGAAGGUUGUUAAUGCGACUGGCGGCAAUAUCGAGACUACCCGGGGUUGGUUCCGUCUUUUCCUCGUCCCCGGGCUUGGGCACCACGGCACCCACGUCGACGCACCGUGGUAUAUUGGUGGCCCAGUUGAAUAUCUGGAAAUCGCGACUGUUGGUUCAACCACGAUGACGACACCACAACCCCCGCCAUUGCCUCCUCUUGAAUCAUUAGAGGAUGCCCUAUCUGAGGAUGAGAAGGCUAUUGCUUCGCACGGAACGCUGAAGUACUCACUCUUGGGUCCCUCUCUAACGAAAGCUGGGCAGGAUUCUGUAGAUCAAUCAAAGGUGUCGGAGAUCAUUUACAACGCUUCGAAAGGCUCCAAGUUUUUCAACCGAGAAGAAGAACGAGACAAGGUUCUUACGAAAAAGAUCGAACAAAUCCUUGAAAAGAAACAUCGCCUAGAGAAGCAAGACUUGAGCCGCGAGCUUCGCCUCGCAGACCAGCUCAUCGCCCAGCUAGAACUUUCGAGAGACCUCACCCAGUACAUUGUACAUGUUGACUGCGAUGCGUUCUAUGCGGCUGUAGAACUUCUCGAUCGACCCGAAUUAAAGGACGUUCCCUUCGCUGUCGGAGGUGGAGUCCUCACAACGUGCAACUAUGUGGCACGUAAAUAUGGCUGUCGCAGUGGCAUGGCGGGAUUUGUUGCCAAGAAGCUGUGCCCAGAACUGGUGCUGCUCAAACUGAACUUUGACAAAUACAACGCUAAGGCGCACGAAGUUCGAGAAGUCCUAGUGGAGUACGACCCCCGAUUCGAGAGCGCGAGUAUCGACGAAGCAUACCUUAACAUCACGGAAUACUGCACGGAGAAAGGCAUCAGCCCUCAGGAAGCAGUUGAGCAAAUGCGACGAGAGAUACAUGAAAAAACCAGGAUUACAGUCUCGGCUGGCAUUGCAGCGAACGCUAAGCUGGCGAAGAUCUGCUCCAAUAUGAACAAGCCAAACGGCCAGUUCGUGCUACCCAACGACCGGACAGAAAUAAUGAACUUUAUGGCAAAGUUACCGCCAAGGAAGGUUAAUGGUGUUGGUCGCGUGCUAGAGCGCCAGCUGACAGAAAUUGGAAUCAAGACUUGCGCGGAUAUUUAUCCCCACCGGCAGUUUCUCCGACAAUUGUUCGGCGAGAAAGCCUAUGAGUUCCUGAUAAAUGUCUACCUCGGCCUCGGUCGCACGCGAAUACAGCCAGCGGAGGAAUAUGAAAGAAAGAGUGUAGGCACAGAAAGCACUUUUCGCGACAUGUCAGAUCCGCAGCAGUUGAGGGACAAGUUGAGAUGGACGGCCAAUGAACUGGAAAAAGACAUGAAGAGGGCACAAUGCAAGGGCCGGACAUUGGUCCUGAAAAUCAAGCUUCAUACCUAUGAAGUCUUUACCCGGCAGGUUGUGCUACCCAGAGCCAUAUGCCUUGCCGAUGAUUUGUACCAUUUUGCUCUUCCGAUCCUGAGCAAAUUGGAAGAAGAGAUGCCCGGUAUGAAUUUAAGACUUAUGGGGCUACGAUGUACGCAUCUCGUGAGCACCAAAAAACCAGACACAAUGGCGUUCUUUGGGUUUCGACCCCGGAGGUCCGAAUCAGCCGGAUCGCCAGUAAAGACUAAUGCUACUGGAACCCCAGAGACAGCCAGUAGACUUGAUCAAGAUGGUUGGGAGCAAUGGCCGGAGGAUGAAUUAUUGCAGUUCGACAAUGAUUUCGGUCUGCAAAGUGAAGUUCAGGAAGACUUCGAUGUGCAAGCAUCGGGCGGCGAGCAGAGUCCCUUGCGAAGGCACGGGAAAGAGAUUGCUCCUAAUCCAGUAAAGGAAGAUGCGCCUAUUGAGGACAUGUGGGAUUGCCCUAUAUGCAAUCGGCCUCAAGCCCCUGAUGAGAGACAGUUCAAUGAGCAUAUCGAUCUUUGUCUUUCGCGACAGACAAUUCUGGAGGCAGUUCACCAAGACGUUCCUCCUCAGUUACCUUCAAGGUCGGCAACUCCAGACUUGAAGAAGUCCAAGUCAGGCGGGGAAAAGAAGCGUGGCAGGCCGCCUGGAAGGCCAUCAAGUAAUGACCCGCGACAGAAGAAGCUUUGCUUUGGAGGAUGA